AUGAAACGCUUUGACAAUUUGAACGGUCAAGCCAAUUCCAAACUAUUUGACAUCAUUGCUGUCAUUCCAACAAAUCAUGAAGCUCUGCAGGCAUGUAUAAUUUCCACUACCCUCAUUUUCGACAUUAUCGCCUUUGACUUUGAGGGCCCCCACUGGAUUAACAAGAUCCGUUUGAAUCGGUCGAAAGGAAAAGUUGCAGCGGAGAAAGAUGUCCAAUUUGAACUCAGUUAUGCACCAUCGUUUAAUGGAGAUGAGCCUUGCGAAAAUAUGAUUUAUACGGCAAAUAGGCUCACUGAGGAUGUUUGCACAAAAAAGAUUAAGAAUAUAAUUAUCGCUAGCGGAGCUUCAAAACCGGCCGAAGUCCGAUCUCCGAAAGACGUCGUAUCUCUGGGAUAUCUGCUAGGGUUGGAUGAGACCACAACCAGACUUUGUCUUCGAAACCAUGCUCAUCGAUGCGUCACCAAAGGAGGUUUGACCUAG